CCGGGGAGCGGCGGCGAUGAGCGGCCGGCGCUGAGCCCGCCGAGAUGGACGCGGAGGCCACCAUCCCCAUUUGGCAGAACAAGCCCCAUGGCUCAGCUCGCAGCGUGGUCAGGAUGAUCGGCUCCAACCUCCCCCUGAAACCCUGUCCCAGGGCCACCUUCGAGGUCCUGCCAAGUGUGUCAGAUCUGUAUUUGGGUGAUGUGCCCCCCGUGCCCACCUUGGCUGACAUCGUGUGGAUUGCAGCAGACGAUGAGGAGACCUACGCCAGGGUCAGGAGUGACACUCGCCCUCUGAAGCACAAGUGGAAGCCCAGUCCCUUCACAGUGAUCCAGAGAAACGCCUCAGUGCCCAACCUGAGGAAGCAGGAGGAGAAGCUGCUGGCCCUGAAGAAGCCUGGUUUGCCAGCCCUGAGCAGGACCACAGAGCUGCAGGAUGAGCUGAGCCACCUCCGGAGCCAGAUCGCCAAGAUCGUGGCUGCAGACUCAGCCUCUGCCCAGCUGACCCCGGAUCUGUUGUCUCCAGGCAGCUCCAAUGCCUCCUCUCCUGUGCAUUGUUUUGGACCCUCCUUCCAGUCCACCACGUCCUUUGUGAUCAGCGACAUCACGGAGGAGGAGGCGGAGCUGGAGAGCCCCGAGCUGCCCUCGGUGGCCGAGCUCUGCUCCGCCCCUGAGAGCUGCAGGCCAGAGCCAAAGGACCCCGAGGACGAGGAUUCUGUGUCCCUCUCCAAGGCCAGCAGCUUUGCUGACAUGAUGGGAAUUCUCAAAGACAUUCAUAGGAUGAAGCAGAGCAAGGAUUUGAACCGCCCUUCCAUGAAGGAGGAGGACCCGGCCGUGCUCAUCGCUGAGGUGCUGAGGAGGAAAUUCGCCCUGAAGGAUGAGGACCUGGCCCUGAAGGAGAAAUGAUGCUGCUGCCACCCAGCUCUGCAAGCAAAAGAAAAAAAUGCUCCCAAUAUCUCCUGCACAGUAGCUGCCUUGUCCCAAGGAUUGUUGAGCCUUUUGCCUCUCGGAUUAACCAGACGUGGUUUGUGCACAGACACUUCCAUAGGAAAGACCCUUUGGGAUUUGAUGUGUUUUCCAUGUGUUGUUCUAUUUAAGGAGAACCUUUUUAAGAAGAUGGAA